UCAAUUCUGCAAGUAGUUCUAAUUUACUAUCGCUGUUCUCUAGCUGGUCUAAAACCGCUUUUGACCUAAAGGGACGCUUUUUGGACGCCAUGGACGUUUCUCAGUUUCCAGGCAGAAAGAACAGUAAAAAUGCAGGCAGGGCACAGGACAAAGCACUCGGGACAAAAUGUAUGUGAAAUGGUUUGAUACAGGAAUGUCACUUUUUGACAUUUUUAAAUUUCCCGCCAGUUCCGUCCCCGUACGCCCCGACGUCGCAGGGAAUGGAACCCGGAAGACAGAUGCAGGCAUCGGCCGGAGGACAUUGCCAGGGACACUGCAGGAAGGA